AUGGAUUUUUUAGAUCAAGAUAAUGCAGCUCCAGAUGAGGUUACAGCAUCCAGUCCAUCCAUAGAAGAUAAAGAUCAAGAUGCGACUGAGUGUAAGAAGAAGACGCUAUCGACCUCCUCCAUAUCUUCGACUAUAUCGACUUCCUCCUCAACUGCGUCUUCUUCAACAUCGUCGUCACUGUUCUCUUUGACGGCAGAGGCAGCUAUUACAGCACCGAUCAUGAGCCAUCCUUCAGAGGACGUACUGGCGUCACAGUUGGAUCAAAGCAGCGAUUUGACAGAGAUAGUCCGGACAGUGCACCAAGAGGACAUCAAAGAGGUCCAAAUCGAAACCGAAGAUCCUUCACAUUUAUUCUGGGUCCCGUUCCACAUGCACCCGGAGAUUGCGCCCAACGAGUACAAUAGGUGGCUAUCAAAGCAUGGCGUCGACACGGAUGGCAGUGGAAGCCUUCUCUCGGCCAGAAAGGAGUCUCUCAACCGACGCAAGUCCGUCCUCUCGGCUCAGUACAACCCGGAGGAAGACGAUGAUGACGACGAAGAUACGGAUGAAAAAGCCGAACAAAAGAAGCCAGUAGCGAUCAAGGAAGAUGAGAAGCAGCAGGAUUUCUUAUCCGGUGUAUUCUCUUCCCCAUUGACGCAGAUGGGCGAGCCGCCUUUGAAGACAAGAACUUCGUUGAGACGAUCUACCAGCCAUACUCAGCUUCUACCGCAUGUUGGGAAAUUAGACCAUGAGGCAGUUACAGAUAUGGCGACAGACAUGGCGGAAGAGGAUCUUGCAGCCGUAAAACGCGGCAGUGGGUUGACGAGGCAUGGACCGUCCCUUUUGAGACGAAGCGCCAGGACAAAGAUUCGCCGAAAUUCGACAACAUCCAGCGAAAUCAGAAAUGAUGUAUCGCGUUUACGACCUGUACCGAUCGAGAAUGGCGAAUAUCCAGCUGUGAGACUUGUAGAUCCGGGUCCCAUGCCACUCACAUCCACAAUAGUUCAGCCGGCUCCUGCUUCCGUCGUCGUCAAACAAGAUGAAGUUUCAGCACAUAAUGAGUCAGCCCACAGGCCUCUAAAGCGCUUUGUAUCAACUUUGCGAGAUUCUUCAAAACCAACGAUCACGACGUAUGUCGAGCCUCAGCUGCUGGAGCAACGACGAAGGGAGAUUGAGGAAGAAUCACGAUCGGAUCCUGGAGUUGCGGUCUCCAGUAUCACCACUACAAUCACAGUGGCAACAGCGGAUGCCAUGCCAUUACAACCCAGCAGCUCUUCCGCGCCCGCAUGUACCACUUUCGAAGAUGCGGUAACCUCCAAAGUGACCUAUCCUAUCCCCCCUCCUGUCAAGCUGAGCCAGAACCUCCUUCAGCAACAUACACCACCACAACCAGCGCCAUCGAAGCCAGCUCAACUGUCACAGAAACAUACGACCUCUGGGCAGAAAGAUUUCGACGCUGCUCGGCUGCCGCCUGUGCAACCUCACCUGAAAAAAUCUUCUUCGUGGUCCUGGUUGUGGGGCAAGGAGAAAGGAGGUGACAAGACGGCGGAUAUGGCCCAGCGUCCUCAAAAGACACCGAUUUCCGGUUCGCAGGUGCAUCAGCACAACAGGGAUCCCUCAACUGAAAUUGUGGGUAAAAAACAGUCGGCCCUCUCUCUUCUGUUCUCACGCAAUGGCAAAGGUUCAUCCAAACCCCAGCCUGCCAGUCCUGAGGACACUGCGACGUCCUCUACAUCACAUCAGCAAUCUUCACCCCAAGGCGACCGUGCGAACGACCCGCGCCGGAUGCCAAUCCAUAUUGAACGAGCCAUUUACAGGUUAUCCCAUGUCAAACUUGCAAAUCCCAGGCGCCCACUGCACGAGCAGGUGCUGAUCUCGAACAUGAUGUUUUGGUACCUGAGCGUGAUACAGGAAGAGCAGGAUCAACAGCAGCAACAGCAACAGCAACAACAGCAGCCGCUUCAAGUCACCAUCGAACGGAAUACAGAGUUUGUUAACGCCGACAGGGACGCCGCUCAAGUGAUGCCUAACAGAGGAGAGGAGCUUAAGAAAAAGAAGCCCCAUCAAGACACGCCGAUUGCCGAGACCAAGGUUGAGGGGUCGGAGCAUGUGGUGCCACAGCAGGAUAGCAACUCACAUGCAAGGUCCCCCGGCAAAGAGAUGACUAUACAAGAGAACACGCAUAUUCAAUCCAUGUACAAUACUUCUGCACGGAACGAUGCCGAUUACGAUGAAGAGAGCAUGAUCGGCGGCGGCUUCAGCGGGGAUUUUGACUGGUCGGACGACGAAGGCGACGACGACACCAAAGGACUUGAGGAUGGAGCUGGCUCUCUGUACCUCCAAGACAGUGCCCAGGAUACGAAUAGUUACAGGAUGAAUUCGAUACAGUCGGGUGCUAGCUCUAUCAGUACAGUGCAAGGUGCAGUGUUGACCGACUUCUCUGAAUCACGGCGCCCAGGGACGGUGUCCGUUUCCUGA